AUGUACGUCAAACUUCUUCUCGCUGCCAGUCUGCUGUACGCCGCUCAAGCGGAUACUUGUAUCCACUGUAUCUGUCUCCAUGAGUCAGGAUGCAAGGCUAUUGGAUGCGAAAUGGAUGUAGGAUCGCUAUCCUGUGGAUACUAUCAGAUCAAACUUCCAUACUAUGAGGAUUGCGGCACACCAGGACGUAAAAGCGGUGAAGACGUCACCACAGCAUGGAAAAGAUGCGCGGAUGAUUACAGUUGCUCUACCCAAUGCGUCCAGGCCUACGUGAACCGCUACAAGGGCGGAUGCUCAUCGACUGGCGAAGGAACCUGCCAGAUUAUGUCCCGUCUCCAUAACGGUGGCCCAUCCGGUUGCAAAAUUUCCGGCACCGUCCAAUACUGGAACGCUAUCGCGAAAUGUUGCGGAUGCUCAUAA